GAUGUCUAUUUAAAGUUCAAAGAGAUGCUGGAUAACAAUAACAAAGAGGUAAGCGUGGCCCUGACCAGCCCACCCCACAACAGGAAGAAUGGCUGAAAAAGCGGUGUCUACAUUUUCACACCUUCUGGUCCCUAUUCUUCUCUUGAUUGGCUGGAUUGUGGGAUGCAUCGUAAUGGUUUAUGUUGUCUUCUCUUAG